AUGGCGGCGUACAGUCGCACUCAGCUGCUGCUGCUGCUGCUGCUGUUAUCAUUACUGUGUCUCUGCGGCUCCGGCUCCGUCCUCGGCUUGAAGGCUGCCAGCGGCCCGGCCGAGCCGCCCAACCCGCCCGUCCUCAGAGUCGCUGAUCCCGCGGUCAAGGAUGCACCUGCCGCCGCCGCCGCCGCCGCAGCCGCCGCCGCCGCCGCCGCUGGGGCCUCGCAGCCUCGAAGGGCGACCGUUUGGAAGCUGUCGGAGGAGGAGGCCUGCCGGGAGGACCUGACCCGCUUCUGCCCCAAACACACCUGGACUAACAACCUGGCCGUGCUGGAGUGCCUGCAGGACCGCAGAGAGGAAACAGAGAUUGCUCCUGACUGUAACCAUCUCCUGUGGAACUACAAACUCAAUCUGACCACAGAUCCAAAGUUUGAGUCGGUGGCCACAGACGUCUGCAAGAGCACCAUCGCCGAGAUAAAGGAGUGUAAUGAGGAGGAGCGAGGCAGAGGCUACCUCGUAUCGUGCCUGGUGGAUCACCGCGGCAACAUCAGUGAGUACCAGUGUAAUCAGUACAUCACCAAGAUGACGAGCAUCAUCUUCAGCGACUACAGACUGAUCUGCGGCUUCAUGGACAAAUGUAAGGAAGACAUCAACAACCUGCACUGCGGCAGCAUCAACGUAGGACACAAGGAUGUCCACUCCCAGGGUGAAGUGAUCGCCUGCCUGGAGAAGGCGUUGGUAAGGGAGGCGGAGAAUCAGGAUCAUGUUCACCCGAUCAAAGACGACUGUCAGAGGGCGAUCCUGCGGGUGGCGGAGCUGUCGUCAGACGACUUUCACCUCGACCGUCAUCUUUACUUCUCCUGCCGAGACGACCGCGAGAGAUUCUGUCAGAACACUCAGGCAGGAGAGGGGAAAGUCUACAAGUGUCUGUUCAAUCACAAGUUUGAAGAGGCCAUGUCAGAAAAGUGUCGUGACGCUCUGACCACCCGUCAGAAGCUGAUCUCUCAGGACUACAGAGUCAGUUACUCUCUGGCUAAAGCCUGUAAGCUGGACCUGAGGAAGCAGCGCUGCAGCCUGGACACCAACCUGCCGCGAGCCCGCGAGGCACGGCUGUCGUACCUGCUGCUGUGUCUGGAGGCUGCUGUGCACCGCGGUCGUCCUGUCAGCGGGGAGUGUCAGGGGGAGAUGCUGGACUACCGGCGGAUGCUGAUGGAGGAUUUCUCUCUGAGUCCGGAGAUCGUUCUGCACUGCCGGACGGAGAUCGAGGCGCACUGUUCCGGCCUGCACCGCAAAGGCCGCACGCUGCACUGCCUGAUGAGAAUCGGACGCGGCGACCGCGGUACCACCAUCGACAGCGUCUGCCAGAGCGCCCUACAGACUUUGAUCCAAUCUGCCGACCCCGGAGCCGACUACCGGAUUGAUCGAGCACUGAACGAGGCCUGCGAGUCCGUCAUCCAGACCGCCUGCAAACACAUCCGCAACGGAGACCCAAUGAUCCUAUCGUGCCUGAUGGAACAUCUGUACACAGACAAGAUGGUGGAGGACUGUGAACACCGACUGUUGGAGCUGCAGUAUUUCAUAUCCAGAGACUGGAAACUGGACCCCAUCCUGUAUAAGAAGUGUCAGGGCGACGCUGCUCGACUGUGCCACACGCACGGCUGGAACGAGACCAGCGAGCUGAUGCCACCGGGCGCCGUCUUCUCCUGCCUCUACCGCCACGCCUACCGCACCGAGGAGCAGGGACGCCGGGUAAACCCAGACGAGCAGUUAUCUCGGGACUGUAAGGUGGAGGUUCAGAGGAUCCUCCACCAGAGGGCGCUGGAUGUGAAGUUGGACCCUGAGCUGCAGAAACGCUGCAUGACCGACCUCGGCAAGUGGUGCAGUGAGAAGACGGACACAGGACAGGAGCUGGAGUGUCUGCAGGAUCAUUUGGAGGACCUGGUGUCUGCCUGCAGAGACGUCGUGGGCAACCUCACCGAGCUGGAGUCAGAGGAUAUCCAGAUCGAUGCUCUCCUCAUCAGAGCCUGUGAGCCCGUCACCCAGGCGCACUGCCAUGAUGUAGCUGAUAACCAGAUCGAUACAGGGGAUCUCAUGGAGUGUUUGGUUCAGAAUAAACACCAGAAGGAGAUGAACGAGAAGUGUUCAGUCGGCGUUACACACUUCCAGCUGGUUCAAAUGAAGGAUUUCCGGUUCUCCUAUAAGUUCAAAAUGGCCUGUAAGGAGGACGUUCUCCGGUUGUGUCCAAACAUCAAGAAAAAGGUGGAUGUAGUCAUCUGUCUCAGCACCACGGUGAGGAACGACACGCUGCAGGAGGCGAAGGAGCAGCGGGUUUCACUGAAAUGUCGUAAACAGCUGCGGGUGGAGGAGCUGGAGAUGUCGGAGGACAUUCGAUUGGAACCAGAGCUGUACGAUCCCUGUAAGUCGGACAUCAGUCGUCUGUGUCCCAACGUGGCCUUUGGUAACGCUCAGAUGAUCGAGUGUCUGAAGGAGCAGAAGAAGCAGCUCAGUCAGCGCUGCCACCAGCGGAUCUUCAGGCUGCAGGAGGUGGAGAUGACCGACCCUGAGCUCGACUACCAGCUGAUGAGAGUCUGCAAGCAGAUGAUCAAGCGGUUUUGUACCGACGCGGACGCCAGAAACGUCCUUCAGUGUCUGAAACAGAACAAAAACAGUGAGCUGAUGGAUCCAAAGUGUAAACAGAUGAUCACCAAGAGACAGAUCACACAGAACACAGACUACAGGUUGAACCCGGUGCUGAGAAAAGCUUGUCGAGCAGACAUCCCAAAGUUCUGCCAGCCCAUCCUGAACAAGGCGAGCGAGGACAGCGAGCUGGAGGGUCAAGUCGUCGCCUGCCUCAAACUCAAAUACGCCGACCAGAGGUUGUCUCCAGACUGUGAAGACCAGAUAAGAGUAAUUCUCCAGGAGUCAGCGCUCGAUUACAGACUGGACCCACAGCUGCAGAUGCACUGCUCAGAUGAGAUCUCCAGGUUGUGUGCGGAGGAGGCAGCAGCUCAGGAGCAGACCGGUCAGGUGGAAGAGUGUCUGAAAGUCAACUUGCUGAAAAUCAAACAGGACGGCUGUAAAAAGGAAGUCCUAAACAUGCUGAAGGAGAGUAAGGCGGACAUCUUUGUGGACCCGGUCCUCCACACAGCCUGCGCUCUGGACCUCAAACACCACUGUGCUGCCAUCACACCUGGCAGAGGGCGACAGAUGUCGUGUCUGAUGGAGGCAUUACAGGACAAGAGAGUGCGUCUGCAGCCUGAGUGUAAGAAAAGACUUCAAGACCGCAUCGACAUGUGGAGCUACGCUGCAAAGGUGGCGCCAGCAGAGGGCUUCUCAGACCUGGCUGUGCAGGUGAUGACAUCGCCCUCCAAGAACUACAUCCUGCUGAUGAUCACACUGAGCGUGUGCGUCCUCUUCCUGGUGGGGCUGCUGUGCGGUCGGAUCACCAAGCGAGUGACAAGAGAACUGAAGGACCGGUAGAGGACAAGCGCUCAGACACAAGACGGACUCCUCGCACCUCCCCCCUUUCUCUUCUCCCUCUUCCUCCUUCUCCUCCUGCUCCUCUCAGAUGCCCGGCCCGUAACCAGCCAACUUGCCAGUGCCAACGCCAGUUCCCCCAUCUGGAGCUCCUCCUGUUUAUUGGCUGCUGUAAAAUAUUUGCAUCAAAUGCAAAAUAGCCCCUCCCCCCCCCGACUGUCACGAAAACCUUUCAUCUCCAUUUGGGCAUCUCCAAACUUCGAGAGAGCACUGACUGUCUGAGCGUUUUUCCUUGAUGAUCUUAUUCCCCCCCCCCCCCCCCCCCAAAAAAAAAAAAUCUGGAGGAUGUUGUUUGAGGUCGGAUGUGUGGUUGUCCGGCAUCUUUUACGUUUCUAAAUAAGCGCUGUUCUUGACUGAGGGCUGCUGCUUCUGAUGUUAGGGUUGCUUUCCACUUGUUGAGUCCUGAAUCUUUUGUGAUAUUUAAUGGAGACUGCAGCAUGUAGAGCAACAGGAAAUUAUUUCUUUCUAAGUGACUGCGGCUGCCUGAAAGGCACAUGGAGCAACUUGAAAUCUUGAGGCAAACUUUGGGGUUGAAUUCUGUGAUGUUCCUGUUGCUUUAAAACAUUUUCUCAUCAAUCAUGAAGUCCCAUCCUCUUUACUCCUGUACAGGAUCGCGUCCAGCUCGCCAUGUUCGGUUCUCUACAUUUGGACCCGUUCAGCCACCUCAAGUUUUGGACUGGAUAUUUUCACCAUAACCUGUGCAGCAUCCUAUCCUUGUUGUCUGUUGCCUUUAAUGUACCAACACAAUCUGUCACGCAACACGCAGAGGCUUCAUUUUUUUAAUAUUAUUUUAUAACCGAACAACCUGCCAGUGCGCAAACUUGAGCGGUUUUCUUUGUUUUGUGAGGGAGGAAGUAGUUUUUUUAAUAUGGAUAACCCAUUCAAACAUGAAAGUCACGUGAAAAACUGCUGGUUUUCUCUGCAUAGAAAGUUCCCCGUUUUUCAAAUGACCUAUUGUUUACAUAGCAGUGGCAUAUUAGAGGUCAGACCACGCUAUUAAAAUUGCAGUGAGCUGCUAAUCCAUCGAAAUGCUUUCCUGUCAGGCCCUCUCCUCUGCAGGCCUUUGAGCCCAGUUCUACACUUUCUAAACCCUGAUCUAAUUUUUUUUUUUUGCGUUUGUUUCCACAUACUUAAUCUUGCAUUUACACCCAAAACAACCUGCAUGUAAACUUGAGCCAAAACACUGUCAGAAAUGGGCACACACAAGUCAGAGGUAAUCAUUUCAGAAAGAUAAUGGCCGUUUCUCUUUAAAAUAGCCGGGAGGUGAUUAGUCUAGCUUAGCAUAAAGGACGCCGGGCGAACAGCUAAUAAAUACACCUACCAACACCUCUGAAGCUCACUAAUUAACACACUGUAUGUUCAUGUGUUUGAUCUGUAUAUAAACAGAAUUGUAAAAACAACAUUUUGUGGUUUCAUAGGGAGUUGCGUCCUGGAAUUAGCAGUGACCUACUGUUUGUUGUUUUUAUGUUUGAUUAAACAAAUGUGUUAAUCAUGAUUUGGACAGAGCCAGGCUAACUGUUUCCCUCUGCUGACAGUCUUUAUGCUAAGCUAAUUGCCUCCUUGCUUCCCACUGCGCACCAUCUGUCAGCACCCAACAGCUUGCUCUGCUGCCCCCAAUUGGCCAAAAAAUGUAUUAAAGCAGCUUUAAGUGGUCUUGACUGGCACAAAAAAGUGCAGCAGUCCGGGUGAAUUGGGGUAACUGGAAUAUUCUGAUCUGUGUGUUUAUAUCAAAGUUGCAUAUGACUGAUUAUCUCGUUCAGAUAAUGCCUGAAGCUUGAGCUGACUAAUAUCUAUGUAUAUUUUCACUUCCAUACUUCAUACAUGUGACGCUUAUGAGCAAAAUAGCUGUACUGGGUCACUUUUAAUUUCUGACUUUACAUUCAGAAGGAGAGGUUUAGUUUGCCAUCAUCUAAAUGCUAUUUCAGAGUCUUUCCAUACAAACAACUGCUGAUGAGUAUCAGAUUCAUCACAUAUAAUUAAUAUUAAAGAAAAAGGAACGUUACAAAAGAUGGUUUGCUUUAUGCAGACAUUACAAAAUCCCAUGAGUCAUAUUUGAAAACCCAUAUGGAAAAUAAUUGCUCAGUAUUUUACAGAUAUUCAAGCCAUAAAUGUAUUGUUUUUGUUUCAGGCAAAUGACUUGUAACUUUAAUUGUAACUAAAAGAUGCAAACAUUAUUUUGCUUUUUUUUCCUCCUUCUCAUUAUUAAUGAACUUUUUAUUUGCACUUUAACUUGAUGUAUGAACUUGACGUCAGCUGAUUUGGACAAUGAGCCUCAUUCAUUUGUAAAGAUUUCUAAAAACAUCUGUGAAUGAUUCAAAAACAGAAAAGGUUAUCACACACCAUGAAGAGCGUGUGCAGCAUAUACAUAAUAUUUUCUGCUCAUUUAGGCCUACAAAGGUUAAUGAAGGUGAAGUUGUAAAUCAUUUGUAAACCCAUUGUGUGAAAAGUGUGAAAGGGGAAACGUUCCCUACCUGAAAGCUGGGCCGAAACCAACGGCUCGCCCCCUUGAGCUUUUCUAUGUUCCUGUAUCUGUUGAAUUCAGAUGUUGAAUCAGAGCGAUUUAACAGGAAAUAAACACAGCUAUCAUAACCUGUUUGUAUGCAGGUCUCUACGUGUACAAACAUUAUCGGUGUGCAGUUUUUUUCUUUUUACAUUAUGCCAUGUAAUAUGAAGACGUAACAGAUUUAUCAUUGUGAGAUUUGAUUUUGCUGUACAGAUAAAAUUUGUCAAUUUAAUAAAACUGUCUGCAGAUUUUCAUA